CGAAUCACGUGUAGAAAACAGUUUCUCGUCAUGUUUCUGCCUUAGCGCGUCUCUGCGCUGCUUUGUAUCCUCACCCAGUUGUCGCCGCACUUUGUUUUGACAGCUGCCUUUUUUUUUUGUUUUUUAUUUUUAUUUUUUUACCGAAGAAUGAGUGAAAACGAUGACAUCGAAGUCGACAGCGAUGCGGACAAGCGAGCACAUCACAACGCGCUGGAACGCAAACGCAGGGACCACAUUAAAGACAGCUUUCACGGUUUACGAGAUUCUGUGCCUGCAUUACAAGGAGAAAAGCAGGCUUCCCGAGCACAGAUUCUGGACAAAGCCACGGAGUACAUCCAGUUCAUGAGGAGAAAAAACCACACCCACCAGCAAGAUAUUGAUGAUUUAAAGAAGCAGAACUCACUGCUGGAGCAACAGGUCCGCGCACUGGAGAAGGCCAAGGGGAACACUCAGCUCCAGACGAACUACUCCUCUGACAGCAGCUUGUACACAAACUGCAAAGGGAGCGCCGUAUCCGCCUUCGACGGCGGGUCCGACUCUAGCUCUGACUCGGAGCGGGACAAGCCACCGAACAGAAAGAAGCUCCGAGUGGAGCCGAGCUAGAGCCCCAGCUCUUGAUAGAGACUCUCUUCACCCACCAGCCCCCCGCUUCUCUUACCUGUUCGCACUCGCUCCAGGUGACGAGGUGGGGCCUGUGCGAGAAAGGUGCUAUUACUGUAUGUACAAAAACGCUUCUACCUUCCUGCAUCCUACCGGCAAGCUUCCCGUCACUCCUUUUAUGGCCCAGCAAGGACUUUUAAGAUCCUUUAAAGUGAGGCAGCUCUGCAGUUUUGAAGAACUUCAUGCUUAACCAUUCAUAAUCAGAUGUAGUCAAACUACAAAAUCAUUAUUUUUUUCGUUGUUUGUUAUGAACGACCUCUGAAAAUCUGCUGGGGUUGUAAAACUUUGCCACCUUCGAUGAAACAGUAGUUAGUGAUACUACACCUUAUUUUUCCAGAGAAGAAUGUGAAGUUGCUUUUGGUAAAAGUGUCUGGUAUGCAAUAUGCAACCUUCCUUAUUCAGUGUAGGCGGCUGACAUCUUUGUCUUUGAUAUAUUUGCGUACUCAAAUGAAUUCCUCUAUUUAUAGUGAUGCUCAAAUUAAUUUCUUACCCUUAUAUAGUAUAUUCAUAGGCCUGAUCUCCAUUCUGCUUGGCUCGAGAGCAGGUUGGCUUCCUCAUUUAGAGGACUUUCACAGGUUCAAGUAUUUAUUUCCCUCUAUUUUUAUUCUUAAUAAAUAAAUGUGGUUUAAAAAAAAAAAAUUAAAAAUUGAUACUGAAUGUUAGAUAAUGCAGUCAAUGGUAAUGACUUUUAUUUUUUUAAUGGAAGUCAAUUCGUUGUGUAGUACAUAACACUGUAUACCCUUAAAUAGUGUCCGUUCUGAAAAGAAAAGCCCUCUCUUGGAAUAUUUGCCUGUUUUUUUUUUGUUUGUUUGUUUUCUCCCCAGAAGUAAAUCAGUGCGUAUGUUAUUAAUAUUAAAUCUGUUCCAUGGAAAUUACAGGUAUGUUGUACAUACUGGCAUUGGUUGUCUUGCAAGUUAAGGCGUACCUUUAAUAUGAGACUGUAAUUAAAAUUAUUUUAUCUUUUUGGA